AGUCAAUAGUUAAGUAACUAGCAAGAAAGCAUACGCGCAUGGAAGCAGCGAAUGGAAUGAUUCCAUUUGCGUAGAUUCUCUGAAGCCAACUCAAAGUCUCAAAAACAAGCGAAAAUGUGUUUGACUAGCAGGGGAGCCUAUGUCAAUCGCCUGUUGCUGUCCCGUCCUUGAAUGUGUCUACUGUUUAGCCUGUGCUCGUUGGGCAUGGCAGAAAUGUCUAUACACUGCUGGCCAUGAAAGCGAGCACUGGGGUUUAGCCACAGUGGAAGAAUUUGAGCCAGUCCCACGUCUUUGUCGUUUAAUUCUAGCUGUUUAUGAAGAUGAUCUCCAUAACCCGCUUUGGGCACCCCCUGGAGGUUAUGGCAUUAACCCUGAUUGGGUUUUUUUAAGAAGAAAUGACCAAGAAACUCAAGGCCGAGCUCCACCUUACAUGAUUUAUUUAGAUCAUGAAAAUGCUGAUAUUGUGUUUGCUGUUAGGGGACUUAACUUAGCCAAGGAAAGUGAUUAUGCUGUUUUGCUUGAUAACAAACUGGGGCAGACCAAAUUUGAUGGUGGAUAUGUCCACAACGGGUUAUUGAAAGCCGCCGAGUGGGUUUUUGAUGCCGAGUGUGAGGUUUUAAGGGAAUUACUUAAGAAGAAUCCUAGCUACACUUUGACAUUUGCAGGUCAUUCCCUUGGAGCAGGCUUGGUGGCCUUGUUGGUGAUGGUCGCCGUUCAAAAUCGUAGCAAACUGGGAAUCACAGAGAGGAACCGGUUUAGAUGCUACGCCAUUGCUCCCGCUCGGUGUAUGUCGCUCAAUUUGGCGGUUCGAUAUGCAGAUGUAAUCAAUUCAGUAGUGCUUCAGGAUGAUUUUUUACCUCGAACAACCACUGCGUUAGAAGAUGUUUUCAAAUCUCUCUUCUGUUUACCGUGUCUUUUGUGCCUAAUGUGCUUGAAAGACACUUGCACCAUGGAGGAGAAGAUGCUGAAAGAUCCGAGGCGGCUGUAUGCACCUGGACGCCUGUACCACAUUGUUGAAAGAAGACCCUGCAGGAUAGGAAGGUUUCCACCUGUGGUGAGAACAGCAGUACCUGUGGAUGGGAGGUUUGAGCAUAUAGUUCUUUCCUGCAAUGCAACCUCUGAUCAUGCUAUUAUUUGGAUAGAAAGAGAGUCCCAAAGAGCUCUUGAUUUGAUGGUGGAGAAAGAUGGGGUAAUGCGGGUUCCUGCAAAGCAGAAAAUGGUGCGGCAUGUGUCUCUUGCUCGAGAACACAGUGAAGAACACAAGGCAGCUCUUCAGAGGGCAGUUGCUUUGGAUAUCCCACAGGCUUACUCGCCUUCCACGUAUGGAACAUUCCAUGAAAUGGAAGGAGCCGGAUCUUCUGGUGGAUCAAGUCAGAGAGGCUUCUGAGUUAUCAUCUAGGAAAAGAAGGGAUAGUUGGGAGGUUGACCGAGUCCGGGGAUUUGGUGUUGGAGAAGCCAGUUCCAUAGAACAACCCUCAACCUCACUCCAUUAGUCCCCGACCUGCAUUGCCUCAAAAAGAGAAAACAGAGAGGUCUGCAAAUGAAUUAUGUCAUGUGCACCAUGGUUUAUUGCUUGAGACUAUCAUGAUAUGGAUGAAUUGUUACAAGAAUGAUAAAGGAAGUUUUGUACAUAAUGGGCAAUCAAAUCUAUCCUAGUAGACAUUCCUGAUUUAGUCAUUAUCCAAGUAAUAAGACUUGGUAACGGUUGGAUUUGAAUCGAUUUUGGAAUAAAAUUACAUUUAUCCUGCUUUUUUAUUA